AUGAAUGAACAACAAAGAAAUUUUGAAAAUUUUGCUGAUGAAAUAAUUAGAAUAGCUUCCCGUAUUCUCCAUGAAGGUGAAGAUUUAAAUUCAUUGGAAUUACAGUUGGAAAAAAUUGAAACUUUGCAUUCAAUGUAUGUCCAUUUGGAUAAUGAAAUCAGAAACAUACAAAGAGAACAACCAUUUUCUGGACAGAUAAUAGUAGCAGGUGUAUUAUGUUCAAGAGGAAUACAUGUUCAUUGUCAAAGGCUACGUGAGUCGUUAAAUCAUGUUGAUGCUUGGGGAAUGAUACAAAGAUGGUCCAAUAUAAUUCCAAGGUGUGUUUAUCAAGUUGCUGGCCCAAAUGCACUUUGGCAUAUUGAUGGAAAUCACAAGCUAAUUAGGUGGAAAUUUGUUGUGCAUGCAGGAAUAGAUGUAAGGGCAGAUCAUGGUGGUGAAAAUGCUUUAGUAAAGCAAUUUAUGGAAAGAUAUAGAGGGUAUGGAUGUGGUAGUUUUAUAGCAGGAUGCUCUGUUCAUAAUCAACGCAUUGAAAGGUUAUGGGGUGAUAUAAAUCGAUGUGUUUUAAAGAUAUAUAGAACUAUUUUUCUAUAUUUAGAAGAAAAUUUUGAAUUAGAUAUUGAUAAUAAUGU